CAGAAGCUGUGUGUGGUGUCUCUAACCUGGAAAUAUUUGCUUUCACAUCAUGAACUUCAGCAUUUAAGUUAUUUCUGUGAAAUACGUUUGUCCUGAGCGAGAAGAACAUUUGUGUUAUUUUUACCCCUCAGAUCCAACAUCUACAAUGAGGACAAUAGUUUGGUUUGUUUUUGUGCUCUGUGCACUCUCUGCUUCAGGGAAAGUGUUUGUUGCAAAACAAGGGCAGAAAACCAUGCUCGAGUGUGGGGUCAGCACCUACUCUGACACCCUGGAGUGGAAUCGUGAGAAUGACCUGCUCUGUAGCACUCCAAAAGUACAAAGGAAGUACAGCUUCCCUCGCACAGGCAAAUCUGACACUGCGUUGAGGUCAAAGAUAAGGCCAGAAACAAGACUGGAGAUCGCUGGAGUCACGAUGCAAGAUGCUGGAAAGUUCACUUGCAAGGCAGAUGGGAAAAGUUACCAACAUACACUCCUUGUGGUUUUAGUCUCGGCCAGCUCCUCUGGAGAUCUCCUGCUGGGCAGUGAGGUUACGCUCAAGUGUCAGGUAACAGGUAUGAACCCGGACUCUACGGUGCAGUGGAAGAGGCCAGAUGGAAGGUCACACGCAGGGUCACAGGCUGAACUCAAAUCUGUAGCCCGCUCUGAUGCAGGAACCUGGAACUGCAUGUUCUCCUAUGACGGAACAACGUACAGUGAGAGCCUAGAAAUCAAAGUUCAAGAGCCGAAAACAACUGCACCGCCCCCUACCCAAAAGUCAAAGGACAACGGUAAACCAAGCUGCCUUGACUGUGUUACUCAUCCUAAACCCAACGAUGCUCUGCUGCUGGGGCUCAGCUGGUGGAUGUGGGUUGCAAUUGGAGUGGGCUGUCUGCUUGUGCUUCUCCUGAUUGUCCUUAUCGUUGUCCUGCGCGAGAGGAACAAAAGAAGGAAGAGGAAAUUUCGAAGCAUGAAGAAUGGUGGACUCCCGAUGAGGCCCAAGAACUACUGCCAGUGUAACCGCCCAGCAGCUGCAGCAAAACCGCAGCAAGGACGCCGGAGAGAGAAGCCAUCAGCUCCCCCUCUGCAACCCCUGCUAAUGGAGUGACAUGAAAGACAGAUCGAAGAAAGGACAGAUAGAAAGAAAGAACGACAGAGAGAGAGAGAGAGAGAGUGACAGGGAAGGAAAGAGAGGGACAGAUAGAGAUAAAGAGAGUGAGUGAAAGAAUUUGGCAUGAAUGUAAAUGGGCUUUUGAAUGCUGGAGAUGAAAAUAAAAAUCAAAUGUAAUGAUGUGGGCACUUUUGAGCUUUUCCACCAAAUAUAACCAGUGAAGUGAAUGCAGAUAGGCUCCUCCACUGCAAGAGAGAACAGCAACUGUCUGUAUUUGUUUUUGACAUUUAUGCAGCAUAAUCACGUGUUAAGAAUAUCCUUGUAUACAGCAUUGUCAUCCUCUAAUGUGCUUGCUAUGGUAAAUUUCAUUCAGCUGAUGUCAAUAUAUUUUUCUUUCUUGUGUUUCUGUGUAUUUGAUAGAUGUAUACUUUAUCUUUAUUUCUGUAAAUGAAAAUAUUCGAGUGUUGUAUGUUGAAGAUGUCUUUUUUCCCCAUCAGACAAUAAACUAUAAGAACACCCAAA